AUGAAGGUUCGAAACAUUCCAGGCGCCAACGUUCGCGUUCCGACGACGCACACCUCGCCUUACGAGAGAGCAAAAUGGACCGAAAAUCAAGAUCGAACAUUCAAGCGGGUGAAGCGAUGGAGGCACGAGCACGAGUUUUAUGAUGGAAAGGUUGAAGCAUUUGGCCUGUCGAGGUCAUUUCUGGAGCUCGACCGGGAAGAGGACUACGAUUGGGAGUGUACGGACAUUUUGGGUCAAGGGAGUUUUGGAUUGGUCGGACGAUGGACCAAGUUUGACAGAAAUGGCCGGGUCGUUGAUGAGAUUGCGAUCAAGCAAUUUGAGCUCGACCAGCGCGAGCGUGACGAGGACGGCAGACCGACCGUCCCCACGGAAGCUGUGCUGGUGCAAGCACUUAUGGCCCAAGGCUGUCGCAAUGUCGCCGAGAUGCGCGAGAUGAGAUUCUUCCUGAGCGAGCGGCCCAAAUGGAGACUGUACCUCGAGUAUUAUCGAUAUGGGACUCUGCAUGAGCUGAUUGACAAGUACCGCCGGCGAAACAAGCGGAGCGAUCGGCAUGAGCGGAUCCCCGAAGCCUUCGUGUGGCAAGCAUUCCACGACCUCGCCAUGGCGUGCUAUCACAUGAAGGUGCUUCGGCUCGAUAGAAUCGGCAUCCGCACGCCCCGGGGUGACUGGUACGCCCUGCACCUGGACCUGAAGGGAGACAACGUUCUACUUGGAGAUGCGCCAGGAAGUGACAAGCUCAUGCCAUACCCGACGCUGAAAGUGGGCGACUGGGGGUGUGCUGAGUACACAACCAUCGACGACAAGAGGAACAGCGGCAAAUGGAAAGGCUAUGGGACGCUUGUUUGGAUGCCUCCGGAACAACGAGACUUUGGCCGUUACGGUAACCGAUGGGACAAACCGGUCUUGGGAGGUCGAGAUCACCCCUACACCAUGAAGCACGUCGUGUGGCAAGUGGCUGCCAACAUCUACGGGCUGACGACGUUGGACUUGUGGAACGACAACCUGGACAAGCUGGUCAAAGAUGCCGAGGGCUUGGAGAACAUGUUGCGGAAACACGACUAUUCCCCGCUGUUUGGCUACCGCAGUCGAUAUUACUCGUCCGAGUUGACGAGCUUGAUCGAGGACUGUCUCCGGCUGGAUCCAGCGAGGAGACCGAGUCCGUAUGAACUGGUGCAGCGGACGCAGGAGGGGUUGGCGCGGUAUACGGACCGGUAUCGUAGGACGGGAGAGCACCCGAAGUUGAAGCUGUAG